AGAAAUUACAUCUCACUAAAACCUUACAAAAGUCAGGUUUACAUGGAACAGGUACCAAUCAUGGUGAAAUGUCUUCUAAUAUUCCUUUGCGUGAUUAUUUCAAUCCAAGCUGAUAAUCAUCAAAAGAAAGGUAGAACGGUCGUCGAUAAAGCGUUGGAAAAGCUGAGCAAAUAUGAUGAUAAAGGAAAAAAGUUUUUGAAAAAUAUAGCAAAAGUGGAAUCAAAAUAUGGAAUGGACGAAAACACGUAUAGAAAAGAUUAUCACGGUGGAAUUUGGCAGGUGGAUGAAGUUGGAUUUGAAGACACGAAAGAUACGAAGUCACAUCCGAAAUUAACAGAACGCUACAAAAAGAUAAAGGAAAUAUACGGAAUCGACUGGGAGAAGGUCGAAUGGGAUGAUCUAGAAGAUCCGUUUAUGUCUGCUUUGGCUGCAAGACUAUUAUUACAAAAUAAGCCAAAGGAACUACCUGCAGAGGACGACAUAGACGCGCAGGCGGAGUAUUGGAAAGAAUAUUACAACACAAAAGAGGGAAAGGGGACCGUAGAAGAAUUCAAGAAACGGGCAACAGCAGUUGAAGAUAAAUCAUAUGGAGAUCCCCAUAUUGUAAAGCAAAUCAACGAACUUGGUGAUGAGGUCUGUUACAACCUGAAAGGAAAACCUGGGGAUUUUAUUCGAUUAUUCCAAGCUCCAGAUAUAGGAUUGACUGUCAAUGUAAGGUUCCGUGAGGUGCAAGGUGAAGUAUCAAGAUGGUUGGACCAAGUUGCGAUCAUCUCGGGCGAGACGACUGUUGCUAUGACAAUGGAUGAGAUAGUGGUCAAUAGUGUUGACGUUUACAAGUGGUCUGAAAGACAACUUGAAACAGCUGAAAUGAACAUCAAGAUAUCGCAGUAUCACAUCUCGCUUGAACACGAUGGGGGUGUAGGAAUUGAUGUAACGAAAUACAGAAAAGGUUUCAAUUUCGAAUUUGAUCACAACCUGGAUCUUAAAACCAAUGGAAUAUUCGGACGACUUGGUGACAAGAUAGCAAGUGUUGAAAGGAAAAAUAAACACCAUGCCCUCAUUACACUUGUUAAUGGGAUAGAACUUGAAUCAAAACUCCAGAAACGUGGACGUGGUGGAUUUUGUUGGAACCUGCCGAACGAUUUCCUUACAAGAGCUGAGUUACUGACAUUUUCGAUGAAGUGUUUGCUGUGUAUGAAUUGAUAAACAUCCGCUACCAGCUAAACUUCCGAUCGUGCAACCCGUAGUUCCAUUUGUGGAUGCUUUUACAGCAAUAAAAUUAGACUUUUCAAAUUAUUCAAAAACUGCAUUUUGAUCAUAACCCAAUAUGUCGUUUUUUGUCGUUUCUUUUUUAUGUCGUUUUAUCUAGAAUUUUAUAUUACUC